GGAUCGAACCGUGGAGGGAGGAGAAUCGAAGAGCGGCGACCGCAGCCGCCGCCACUCGGGGGGCGCUGACCCGGGACUGCCCCUUGCCCCUUGCCCCAGCGCGGGCCGCCCCAACUUUGCUUCGAGGGUGGCGGAGCCUGGGGCUCCCCGUCGGGCUAGGGGGCGGACCCGAGAUGGGGCAGGGCGGGUCCGGCGGGUCGGAACCCUCCUCCUUCCCACCCCUGCAGCGACGGGCACCUACGUAGCCAACGUUCUGGAGUGUCCCUACUAUUUUACAAUUGGAGAAACUGAGGCCCACCGAGGUGCACUUGCUCCGGGGUUGCCCAGAUAGCAAGUAUCAGAGUUAGGAUUCCAGCCCUGCUCUCUUUACAGCUCAGGCAUUCAAUAAUUCACCUGGCCCAAAACCUAGACUAAUCCCUAUAUAAAUGUUAGCUAGGCAUCACCACCACCAAUUUCAUCAUCAGCAUCAAGGCAACCACCCAUCCCACCUUCCCCAACAUACCUCAGCAGCUUGCCUAGGGUCAAAAGACUGCCUGGGGCCAGAAGGGCCAGAAGAACCUCAGUUGUGUGGAUUGAUGAUUCUAGAGGCUUAGUCCUUGGGGAUGGCUAGUUGAAAAGACGGAGCUGCCCUUUGUUAUCUGCAGGCCUGGUGAUGCCUGUUGUGGCCAGGGGUUUAAAAAAAUCUGGUUCUCUUCAAGGAAUAGCCCCAUCCAGUCUAAUUUCAUAAUGUCCAGCACUAUGUCCUGUCGGAUUUUAAAUUCAGCCAGAAACAGCAUUUCUGCCUUACGAGGAAAAAGACAUUUGUACUCAAGAUUGGUCCAAAAUGAGAAUAAGUUGAAAUGGAAGGAUUUUUCUAAAAGGCUAUUUCGACCAGUAGCAGUGGAUUGUAGACCCCACAAUCAUGGCUUUUUUCAACAAAAAGCUUUCCGACACACUUCUACCGAAGAAGAUGACUUCCAUCUGCAACUCACACCUGACCAGAUAAGUGUACUCUUGAGAGCUGGUGAAUUAUCACAUAAAGUUCUCGAAUUUGAGGGCAAAUUUCUCAAUCCAGUGUUAAAGUUUGAAAGCAACCAGUUGGCUGCCAACUCUCCGGUUGAGGACCGUCGAAGUAUAGCGUCGUGCCUUCAGACUAAAGGAAUGAUGUUUGGUGUCUUUGAUGGGCAUGGGGGCCAUGCUUGUGCCCAGGCAGUGAGUGAAAGGCUCUUCUAUUAUGUUGCGGUGUCCUUGAUGUCUCAUAAGACCCUGGAGAUGAUGGAGGAUGCCAUGGAGUGUAUGAAACCUCUGCUGCCCAUCCUGCAGUGGUAUAAGCACCCAGGUGACAGCAUUUACAAGGAAGUCACAUCCUUGCACUUUGACCACCUCCGGGUCUAUUGGCAAGAGAUGCUUGACCUGCAUAUGGAAAUGGGGCUCAGCAUAAAGGAAGCCUUAACGCAUUCCUUCCAGAGACUGGAUUCUGACAUUUCUCUGGAAAUUCAGGCUCCCUUGGAAGACGAAAUUCUAAGAAACCUCUCCCUGCAGGUGGCAUUUUCUGGCACAACAGCAUGCAUGGCCCAUGUUGAUGGCAUUCACUUGCAUGUGGCGAAUGCUGGGGACUGUCGUGCUAUACUUGGGAUUCAGGAGGAAAAUGGGACGUGGUCUUGUCUGCCCCUUACCCAAGACCAUAAUGCUUGGAACAAAGCUGAGAUCUUGAGGAUAAAGAAGGAGCACCCGAAGUCUGAGGAAAGGACUAUCAUUGUUGAAGAUAGGCUGUUGGGUGUUCUUAUGCCUUGUAGGGCGUUCGGUGAUGUCCAGUUAAAAUGGAGCAAAGAAUUGCAGCAGAGUGUGCUGCAGAGAGGUUUUGAUACUGAGGCUUUGAAUAUUUAUCGGUUUACCCCUCCUAACUAUUACACUCCACCUUAUUUGACGGCAAAACCAGAAAUCACGUACCACAAACUGAGACCUCAGGAUAAGUUCCUUGUUAUAGCUACUGAUGGACUGUGGGAUUUGCUGGGUAAUGAGGAUGUGGUGAGGCUUGUCGUGGAACACCUUGAGGAGGCCAGUAGGCAGAAGCCUGAACUAGAUAAGAAACCAGCUAAUUUGGGCCUCAUGCAGAACCUGUUACGCCAGAGAAAAGCAAAAGGGAUCCAUGCUCCUGACCAAAAUGCAGCCACGCAUCUAAUAAGGCAUGCCAUUGGAUGCAAUGAAUAUGGGGAAAUGGAGCAGGAGAAGCUUGCUGCCAUGUUGACUCUGCCUGAUGAUUUAGCACGGAUGUAUAGGGAUGAUAUCACAGUUACGGUGGUUUAUUUUAAUUCUGACUCAAUUGACAUGUUUUAUAAGGAGAGCCAAUAAGCUUCUGCCCCUUUCCCUACCUCUUGCAAAGUUAAUUUAAGUAUUGGGAUAUAAAAUUUUUUAUUUGUUUAAGCUGUCAUAUUUGAACUUAACUGUAAGAAAUGGAAAGCAAUGUUCAAAUUUAUGCUGAAAAUAUUUAAUUUAGUUGAUUGGGCUAGAUUUUAGCCUAAUUAAGUUAAAUGGAGACAGCAGUCUCCAUUGUGUAUCUGUUGCCAAAAGCACAAAGAAACCCAAUCUGAGGUCAGAACAUAGCUGGGAUAACAGAUAGGUGAUGGUAUUUUUUUAAAGAGUAUUUGAAUUGGGAAAAUUUGAUCCUGAAUGAUCCCUGGAGCUUGAAUUACAGAGUAAAAAUAUACCAGUAGUUUCUCUCUCAACAUUUCCAGCCUACUGUUGAACCCGUCUUCAGGAAUAUAUAAAUUUAAAAGCCAUAGCUUUUUAAAAAAUGAAGUAUGACAGGAUCAUCUUUGGUCACAUCCCUCUACCUGUAAACUUGAUAAUUCUCAUGAAUGAUUCACCAUUAUAGACUUAACACGCUGUUGUACUAUUUAUACCAUGGUAUACAUUUUGUAAAGUCAUGUUCUACUUAGAAAAUGUGAACAAAAACCUUGCAAUUAGAUCUCUGCAUGGAUGCCUUAAAAUCUAUAGGAACAGCUAGUUCCACUGUGGCUCUUCCGAUGCCUUUAGUUAUUGGUAGAACCUUCUUCCUACCCCGUUCCCCCUUCCCUAAUUUAAGUAGCUGUUAGAAUAAUUAUACAGGUGAAUUCUGACACAACUGUCAGUAUCUAUCUCUAUUUUCUAGCUCUUGGCAGAAGACCUACAUUUCUAGGUAUAGUUUCCCCUGUCGUGGCCCAUGAAGAUCCUUCUAGCUUAAUACCUUUUGAUGCAGCAAUCCUUCCUUCCUUCCUUCCUUCCUUCCUUCCUUCCUUCCUUCCUUCCUUCCUUCCUUCCUUCCUUCCUUCCUUCCUUCCUUCCUUCCUUCCUUCCUUCCUCCCUCCUUCCCUCCCUUCCUCCCUCCCUCCCUUCCUCCCUCCCUCCCUCCCUGCCUUCCUCCCUCCUUCACUUCCUUCCUCAUUCCCUCCCUCCCUCCCUCCCUCCUUCCCUUCCUUCCUCAUUCCCUCCCUUCCUCCCUCCCUCCCUUCCUCCCUCCCUCCCUCCCUGCCUUCCUCCCUCCUUCACUUCCUUCCUCAUUCCCUCCCUCCCUCCCUCCCUCCCUUCCUUCCUCAUUCCCUCCCUCCCUCCCUCCCUUCCUCCUUCCCUCCCUCCCUUCCUUCCUCCCUCCAUCCCUUCCUUCCUCCCUCCCUCCCUCCCUUCCUCCCUUCCUUCCUUCCUUCCUCCUUCCCUCCCUCCCUCCCUUCUAGCUAACAGGAUUGUUCAGAUUACCUCUGCUCCUUUGACCAAGCCUUCUGUUUGCUGUUGCUGGCAACAUAAAGGGGAAAUGCUAUAGAGAGGAAAAUUCUACAUUUUUGCUUCUUCCUAAAUACCACUUGCAGGAGAAAACUGAGAAUCAGAUAGAUGGGAGCCUGUAUGGGCAGAAGAGCACUAAGGGCUAGGCAGUGGGGAUUAUGGGACUUGCCCAGGGUCACACAGCUGGCUAGGAAGUAUCUGAGGCCACAUUUGAAUCCAGGACCUCCUGCCUCUAAGUCUGGCUCUCUAUCCCCUGAGCCACUUGGCUGCCCCAAAUGGUAGUUUUUAUUUUUUAAUCAAAACCCUUACCUUUCUGUCUUAGAAUCAAUAUUAUGUAUUGGUUCCAACACAGAAAAGUGGUAAGGGCUAGGCAAUAGGGGAUAAAUGACUUGCCCAGGGUAUAUAGCUAGGAAAAGUCUGAGAUCAGAUUUGAACCCAGGACCUUCUGCCUUUAAGCCUGACUUCUUAAUCCACUGAGCCUCCUGAUGCCCCCCAAAGGGGAGUUUUUAAUAGAUGUCUGAGGUAGAGCUGUAUUUGCUUUUUUUAAAAGUCUUAUUAAUGUGCUAUGAAUGAACCACAUUCAUUUCCUUUGGGGUGGAGGUUGUUGACUUUUAAAAUUUCUCUUGCUCUUCCUAUUCUCCUUCAUUCCCUUGUGAAAAUGGAACAUUCUUCAAACAAGCGAUCAACAACUGGGACUGCGCCCAUUGGGAAUGGAGUCCACAGCUCAGUUGGUGGCAUCAGAAACUCUUCACAUCUUUGAAGGGGACAGAAGAAGCCAUAGGAAGGAGCUAGGGGACAAACUUGAUCACUUUUUCUUUUUUUUUUAACCCUUAUCUUCCAUCUUAAAAUCAAGAGGCACAAGAGGGGUAAGGGCUAAGCAAUGGGGGUUAAGUGACUUGUCCAGGGUCACAUAGCUAGGAAGUGUCAGAGGCCAAAUUUGAACCCAGGACCUCCCCAUCUCUACCCAUUUUAGUUUUAACAUAGAUUUGGUACUGUUGAGUACCAAAACCUGCCUCUUGUAUAUUUAUCGAAAAUAACUAGCAACUGGUUUUGAGUAGGCCUAUAUUUUUUCAUCUAGACAAAUAUCUUUGUCCCCUCAUGUCCAUGAUAGUCGCCUUAUGGAUGAACUCAUGUGACUUGCUUUAAUUUUGUUAAAGAAGUUGCUUGAGUCAAGGACCUGGAUUUCUUGGAAUACGAAUGCUGAUUCUGACAAGAAAAUUCCUAUGAAUUAUUUUCCUGUCAACAAUUGAGUUGGCUGCUAGUACUGACAUUUCAUUCAACUUCCCUCUUUUUCUUUUAGCUUGCUAAACAUCAGCAUGUUUGCAGCAGGGUAGGGGCGAGGGAGGAAAGCCUUUUAAAAAAUUAUAGUCUUAGAGAUAGAUUUGAGCCGUCCUUGAGACUUGAGCUCUCCGUGUUCAGCAUUAUGAUGAUCACAAGUCAUUUAUUGCAUAGUGUGAUAUGGAUCAAGAUUUGGAAGAAGUCCAGACUUCACUGCAAUAAUGCACUUUGCAGGCAGGGUGGGUGCCUGGAGAUCCUUUCUUCUGCUUCGGAGAAAUUCUCUCCUACCUGGUAUAUUUUCUCACGUUCUGGAAUGAUGGACCAAAAGAAGUGACUUGUAUUCCAUUUUGGGGAUAGCUGGAAACAUUAAGACCCAGCCAGCAAGCUCCAGAGCAGUUUGUGUUAAAGAAUCAAAUCACGAGUGUUUAGAAGGCUUCAGCCCGAUGGACUACGAACUCUUGGCUCAGAUUUACCUUCUCUGGCAUGUAUUUGGGUGGGAACUUUUAUGGGAUGAGAGCUGAGCAAUAAAGUUCUCUUAAUCUAGGAGAGAAAUGAAUAUAAAUGUGUAAAGCCUAUUGGAUCAUGUGUCUCAUCUUGUUUUUAGGUUCUUCCAGAUUAUCUUGUAUUUCAGUAGCAGUAGGAAUCAAAUGGUAUUGCAAGUUUGUUGUAAUUUGGCUAUAGAUUUUGCAAACAUAAUUUGGUGCUUAAUGUGACAUUCUUAAAACUGAACAAACCUAUAAAACUCAGGUAGUAUUUGCAAUAAUCCUUAAGAAUUGUUUUAUUCACAAAUAAUUUUUUUCCAUCGGUUACUCGGUGGUGUCGAGCCUAAACUUUUGUCAGGGGGAUGAUGGUACUGAUUCCAAGUUCUAAUGAAUAGGGCUGAUUUGAGUUGUUCAGUUUAGCAUUCCAAGCCACGUUCUGUGAUUUUGCUGACUGCUAAUGUGUUUAGAGAAGCACAUUAAUGCACAAGUACAUUCUAAAUUAAGAAAUGCUCCCCCCCAAAUUUGAUGGAUUUAGAUCUAUCUUCCUUAGCGCCGAUUUAGAUACAAAAGUUAAUGAUUUUUUCAUUAGUAAAUACACAAAAAAUGGAAUCUUAAUGACUGAGAUGAACAUUUUUCAGGACAAUCUUAUGAAUGAGGAAAAAUCUUACAACUUGUGCUAUUUCUAGUAUUCAUCUACUAGUGCCACUAAUGCGGAUGUACUCAUAGCACUUACUUUUCUGAUGAUUUCUAAUCAACACUGUAACAGCACACAAAUUUCCUUAGCUACUUUUUAGCAGUCCAGAGAGUCACUGAGUAGUUACUUCUCUCCGGGCUCAGAAUAGCUCUUUAAAAGUCCUUUUGAAGCAUUGGUUUUGGGGCAAAUAAUAUCUGUUACAGGUCAGAGUGAUGUUCUUUUCACUGUGAACAUGAAACGUGAUUUGACAGAACAGGAUAUGCUAACUGGCUAAGCACUUUCUAAUGGAUUCCAUAUCUUUUAUCUCCAAAUUCCUCAGGCACCUGCCAGUUUAACUUGCCAGGAGAAAACAUAUUUGUCUUUUUUUGUUAAAAAUUUAUUGUGUUGGGGGAAAAUAACAAUGCUUUUUAAUAACUUCUGAAAUUUGUAAUAUAUAUAGAUGUUCAUAAGACUGAUUUCUUUUCUUUUGAAGGUAUUUAAAUGAGCAAUUGUGAAUAAAGCUGUGAAACUAA